GAGGAGGAGGGAGUGAGGCUCUUCUCCUCUCUCCCUAAGAGCAUUAACUGUAGAGUGUUCUGGUAGUGACAGGGCUGUCAGGGUCAGAUGGCUGCUCAGCCUGAUUAGACCAGCUCACAGCAGAUCCUCAGCCCAGCACUCUGCACUGCUACAGCUACAAACUGGCACGUACAGUACAGACAUCACAGCGGAUACUGAGAGGCCUAGAGGUACCAGGAAAGGUGGAUAGUUCAGUGUUGCUAUUAAGCAGCAGGUUGUUGCAUGAAUACGCCAUUUUCUGCUGGUUGACAAGCAGACAUCUCAGUUCCUAGAGGCAGAAAAAGCAGGUGGACUUUUGCAUAGAGGCAGAAGAAGUGCUGUUAUUUCUGUUGUUGGAAAUGACAUUGAAUAGCAGAACUGCUGGUUGAUGGAGUUUGUGAGGCGGAGUGGUGACUACUGCCACGCCCAACACAUUUAGAGUCUAUCUGGAAUGAAGCUGCACCAUGCAGUCCUGCGGCCCUGAUACCUGAAAGACCAUUGGCCCUUGCCCUCUAAAACCAGCCAGCUCAUGGGGUAAGACGUGGAACCUCGUCACUGGAAGCUAACUGGAGAGAGAAGGACAGAGGGAGCUAAAGAACUAAGAGACAAAGAGAGAAGGACUAAAACAGAUCAGAAAGAUAAAAACAAAGAGAAGGACACAGAGAGCGCUGACACACUGUAGCUUCCUGGACUAUAGGAUACAGUCAACUGAUGGAGUAAAACUGUUCUCAAGACAACAGGACCUCAGAAUUGGGAACAAAUAAACAGUCUGUUUGGGAAACUGGUCAUAAACAGUUUCCAACAGGAAGUUCAGCAAAAGACAGGAAGUCCAGAUUUACCUGGAGACCUGAUAUAAGUCGAAGUCCCAGCAGCUACCCGCUGCAGCUGGAGUUAAAGUUAUAUACAGUGCAAUUCUCCCUGACAUAAAAGGUCUGAGGUCGUCCUGGGAUAUCAAAGGUCACGCUGGUCACCAUGAACCGUCCAGCUCCAGUGGAACUGUGCCACAAACACAUGAGAUUCCUGAUCACACACAACCCCACAGACAGCACACUCAGUUCCUUCAUAGAGGACCUGAAACGCUUUGGGGCCACCACAGUAGUUCGAGUCUGUGAUGUUACCUAUGAUAAAACACCGCUGGAGAAAGACGGCAUUACUGUAGUGGAUUGGCCAUUUGACGAUGGAGCCCCGCCCCCCAGUAAGCUCGUUGAUGAUUGGUUGAAUUUACUGAAGAAGAAGUUUCAGGAGGAUCCAGGAUGCUGCGUGGCUGUUCACUGUGUGGCCGGGCUGGGGAGGGCGCCUGUGCUGGUUGCUCUGGCUCUGAUAGAGAGUGGGAUGAAGUAUGAAGAUGCUAUUCAACUUAUCAGACAGAAGCGUCGUGGAGCCAUCAACAGUAAACAGCUAACCUACCUGGAGAAAUAUCGAUCCAAGCAGAGACUCCGCUUCAAAGACUCUAAUUCACACAAAAACAAGUGCUGCACAAUGUGAACAGACACGCAAAGGCACACACACACACACACACACACACACACACACACACACACACACAAAAGACAUUUUUAACCCGGGUCAUUCCUGUUAUGCAGCAAUAUUUUAAUAUAUGCCCUGUUCUCAUAUUUCCUUUUAGAUGUGUCACAUUUUUAUAAAAAAUGGCUUAAAUGAUUGAUAGAUAAAGGUCUUCUUAUCACAUUAACACAGAAAAAUGCACAUUAAAAUACAUGUUUUACUCUACUGCCCUUUUUUAUAUACAUAUGCUCGAUUUUACCAUGCCCUCAGAGUAAAGUUACCCUAUUAUACAAGACCUAUACGCCAUCAAAUAAAAAAAUACUACUUAGCCAUGUUAAACUCUCUCUUAUAGGCUAUAUAUUUUUUUCCGCAUUUUCAUAAUUCACUGUCUGUGCCUGAAGUACUUUUCCACCCUGUUAGUUUGUAGUUUCUCGACUUUAAAAUAAAAAAACUUCAAUUCCAUUGA